AUGCAGCUAGCCAGCAGCCAGGAGAAGAGCACUGCAGCUCAUGAAGAGGACAGGGCUGAGAUCAGUACAAUGGGCACACAUGCUGUGCCUGAUGGUGUGACAGACUCCGGAAUUGGUGUGCCACUUAGCGCAGCUGCUCGCAAUGAAGACUCGGUUGCCUCUGAAUCCACAGUUGACAUGGCACCCGAAAAUGCCCCUCUGCACCAUCCCAGCCCAAGCACCAUUCCCCAGAACCACAGUAGCACCCCCCUUGGGGUCACCACAGUGGGAGAAAUGGCCACCACAGAUAAACCUGAAGAUAUUGACAAUUUUGGAAAUAAGCACUCCAGCACUUCUAAGUCAAGUUCUAGAAAUGCACUUUUCUCCUUUUGGGAGGCCUCUACUGUCUCUAAAGACACCACGUUGAAUAGUCCUAAAAAUGCUAAUUCUUUUGGAGAUGAGGCUAAGAAGGAAUAUCUUACUGACACAAGCCCCGAUGGCCAUCCUGUGUCCACAGCUGAAGAGACUAUUACUGCUCUUGGAAAUAGAAUCACUUCUACCAUUACCACCACCACCAUCGCAGGUGAUGCUUUCUACAAAGCUUCUAGAAAUAUGGCUGCAGAUGAAGGCAGCAAAUUCAGUCUUUCUGGAAAAGCUACUGCUGUAUUUCCUUCUGAAAGUAUUGGAAAGACUGUCAUCCCUGGGGAGAAAGCCACCUCUGAUUUUGAAAACUCCACUCUUGCCCCUAGUUCCAUUCACUCUCUUGAGAACGCUAGUGCCCCUGGAUAUGUUGCUAUCACAGGUUCUGGAGAUAAUGCUGUGAGGGAAGACACCUCUGCCACUCCUCCCGGAAAUGUCAUUCUCAGCAAUCACUCUCAGUUCGAUUUGGUUGGCAGCAACAACAUCUCCACAGAGAUCCUGAACACUACACUCAAAAAGACCUCUGGAGAUAUCACCGCUAUUGCAAACAUAGAUGAAAUUGUCUUUGCUGAUUAUGAAUCCACCAUAGAAGUGAUUAGUACUACCUCUGACAAGAACACUACCCUUGGACACAAUACUACUGUUGAUGGCUCUGGUAACAAGGCAGUCUCUGGGAAUGAUAUAGGCACAACAUACAGAGAGAUCAACCAGUCUCUUUUUGAUGGUGGUACUGCCACCUCUGCCUCUAGGGGAACCUUUGCUAUAACCCAAGAUAGCAUCUUGAAUGUUCCUGAAUAUUUCAUGAUCACCACUGCUUCCAAAGUAGAACUUGGAAGGUCCUCAGAAAUCAUUCCUGCUGAGACCACUAUAGCUUUUGACACUGUCACCAGUAAUGUUCUCCACACGAUUCCUACAAUUAUUGCUGUCACUGAAGCUGCUAAAGAGGCUCCCACUAGAAAUGCAGCCAUCAUCUUUGAAAAUGGUAACUCUGCUGCUUUAGGGGAACCUGCUCCUCAGAACACAGGUGGUACAACAAUGGAAGACAUUGUUGCUAGAACAACUUAUAAGGAUGCCACCAGAUCCAUAGAAUCUCCAGAGAUAUGUACAAUAAACUCUGAGAAGGAUGUAACCACAUCAGUUACCACUUCUGCUUUUGAGAAUACUAUUAUCAACUCCUUAACCCCUAGAGAGACCACUCUCUCAACAGGAGAAGAUGAGAAGAACAUUGCUUCUGGAAAUGGCACCAUUUCUGCUACUGAAGAGCAUUUUACUGCCAUCUCUACAGAGGCUGCUGUUGGUGAGAGGAGCACUACUAACUUCAUGUCUGGAGAUACCACAGAUAGCAAUAUCAGUAUUUCUACCAACUUGUCGGAAAUUGUCACCAGUUCAAACUAUGCUAGGAAUACUAGGACUUCUGCAUAUGGAGUCACUGCCAAUACUGUGACCACAACUUUAGGAAAAAUGAGCACCAAUAAAGGAAGUCACAUGCCUACUGGGUCUGCCACCUCAGCUGUGACUAUGAGAAUUCAAGCCGGCACCAGCCAUGGAAGGAAUACACUCCUGAAUGAAAUAAUGACCGCAGAGCUGAGCCCUAGUUUAUCAGAUGAUGUCAUACCUGGGUCAUUCACUUUUGCCAGAGAGACAGCUGUCCUUGAAUCCACCACCACCCAGGAAGACAGUCUUGCUGAAUCUGUCAGUCCUUACAUUGCAUUCACCCAUGACACAGUACUGGACGCAAAUUUGACUGCUUCUACUACUGCUGGUGACAGCAAAAUUCCUUCAGGUAUCAUCACAGUCGUUCCUGGGGCUGCCACCCCAACCAAUGGCCCUGCUUCUAAUGUUUCUUUGCUUUUAAGAGAAGUCAAUACAGAUGCUGUGGCAGAAGUCACCACCAACACAACCAGCUCUGUAUUUAUCAACAUAACUAACAGUGGAGCCAUCUGCAAUGAUACAUCUGAGGAGCUGUACUGUGCAGAGGGAAUUAGUGCUGUACAGAGUGGAGGCUCCUCAAUCCUUGGGCAAAUACCCACUCUUAACCAUUCAUUCUCAGUAGGAACUGGUAGCCAAGAAGCCACCACCAGCCCAGGAGGUAUCACCACUGCCUUUGAUUGCACCACCAGUGUUCCAGAUGGUGCAGCGCUUGAGGAGACAUUUGCCUCUCUGCACAGUGAGAUCCCUGUCACCCUUAAACAGGACUCCAACCAAAGUAACACAACCAGCAAUGAAUGUACCACUGCUGAAGCUGCUGUGCUAACUGAGAGGCCUCUGACAGAAAAUACUCCCAGCCCUUCUGGAGAGUGCAGCACUUGGAGUGGUGCUCCCAUGGCAAUAGGAAACAAAAAUGUUGCCAGCUAUGGGGAUACUGCACCUUUAUGCAGCUCUGCAACAACAGAAUCCAAUGCCACAUCAGGAACUUUGAUGAUAUCAGAAGCUACUCCUGCCUCUGAAGAUGCCAGCGGCAUCAAUAAUACCAGAGGUAUUCAUUCAUUUGCUGUUGCAGACACUAUCAUUAGUGCAGCAUCAGUAAGCCCCAACGUCUCUCCAACCAACAAACCUAGAGAAUCUGUUGCAGCCAAUGCCUUGGAAGAUACUCCCCAAACUUUCAGCCUUUUGGAAGACACUUUCACCAUCACUUCUACUGCCACAACAGCCAUAUCCACCGUUACUGCCCUUACAGAUACUGACACGGGCACUCAAGCUUUCCCUGGAGAUGUUACUACUGUUUCUAGAGAUAAAUAUGCCAGCACCCUUCAAGACCUCCCAAACCUGGGCAAAAGGGUCACCUCAGAAAAUAUUUUAACCACUAGCUUUGAAGACAUGAGAACCCACAGCGAAGCUCCUGCUUUUGGGACAAGAACCUCUUCAGAAACUCACAUCCUUGAAGAUACUUCUGAUCCUGUAGCUAACAUUCCAGAAGAGAAUCUCAGUCAUUACUCUUCUGAUUACUACAAAACUACAAUCACUACAACAACACCUGCUGCUUCUAGUACCAUCAAUACUCUGAGUGAUACUAGUUCCAUCCCUCAUAAUGCUGCUUCUGUGUUUGAGACUGCUACUAGAUCUGGAGAGGUUUUAACUUCUAGGAGUAACUCCACAGUUACCUGUGUGGCCAACAGUAUUCAGGAUCAGACCACAAUUAGUGAGUCUCCUGCUAUAGUCCCUGGUAAUUUCUUCCUUGCUACUGAAGAAAAUUGCACUUCCAUAACCCCAUCUGAGGCACAAGAUUACACUAUGGCUAAUAUCCCAGAUGGUACAGUCACCAGCGACAUCACUUUCUCCAGUAUUUCUGAAAAUAUCACUAACAUCACCAACCCCUGUGUUGGCCCUGGAGAUCUAAAUGCUGCUGUUAAUGUUCCAUUGAACACAAUCACCUUGGCCCUUGUCCUUGGAGAGACAGUGCCACCAGGACAGACCUUUGGAAGUUCUAUCAGUGUGAUUGCUGCUUCUGGAAAUUCUGCAAACUCCCAGUUUGUUGAAGAAACUGAUCUGUCUAUUGAGUCUGGAGACCCCAUUGUACCUAGGACUAGCACCUCUGCAGACUUCAGCAAGAUCAACAACAUCACCAUUGUUCAUGCUGUUCCUUCAGGGAGAAGUACCAAUGAAUCUAGACAGCCAUUCGAUGCUAAAACCUCUGAAGAUGCCCCCACCGUUCAUGAAGCUACUGAUGACAGCAUCAAUGGCCUUCCUAAUCCUGAAUCUAUAAUCACCGUCAACAUGACCCCUGGAAAUAGCCCUGUGGCAACACUCAGAGGUAAUACCGCUGACAUCAGUGCUGUGAGAGGUACAGAAAUGACCACUGCUCUUGGAGACAUCCACAGUCCUGCAGUUACUGCCUGUGGAGAUGGAAUCAACACACUCAAAGACAACGCCAGCCAAGAAAAAAGAGUUAUACUUCAAAAGGCCUCCACUUGCAUUCAUGAAGACAUCAGCAGCACCAUGUAUGAAGCUUCUACUCCUAAUCACACAAGACCUUGUGAAAAGACAGCAACAUUUGAAUCUACACACAUGCCUGUGGCUAAUUUGGCCAACAGAGGCACCUUUGGCAGUGAAUUCUCCAAAGCUACCAUUAAUGAAGAUACUGCUGAAAUAGCAAAUACUAGAAAUGAUAUCCUGAUGACCCAUAGUGAAAACUGGGUCUCUGCCCCUGUAGGGAUUGUUUCUGUUUCCGAAGACCUUUGUGCCCCUGAAGGAACUGUUACCUUUGCACAGAUCACCACAGCUAUUCUUGAAGAGGCUGGAGAACAGAAUGAGCUCUCUACAUUUGGGGUAGCUGUUUCUGUUGCAGAGACACCAAACAGAGAAGUGGACUUCAUGUCUGAAGUGAAUAUUAGAGAAGCUGCCAGCUCCACUCCUGGGCCCACAGCAGUUAAAGAAGAUAUUUUAUUGGCACCUGUAGGUGAUGAAACUGCCAUUUGCCAUAGUGAGAUGAAAUCUCUAGAGAAAUCAAAAGAUCUAAGUUUCAGUACCAUCCCUUCAGAAGACUCCUUUCUUGGAACUUUCACUUACUCAAGAGAGAUGAACCAUACUGUCUCUAGUGUAACAUCUGGCUCCUACUCUGAAGGCUGUCUGGAAGAGGCGUCCACUAUUGGGACCAUCCUUGGUAUUGCUCAGGCUCCUUCUCCUCUUGAGGAGUUUCCAGCCCCUGGUGCCACCUCUGCUUCUGAAGACACCAACAUUAGGACAACCACAAUUGACAUCAGUAAUUCCCCCAUGUUUAGUGCUAACAGACAUGGAAAAUAUUCCACCUCAGAAGCCACAACUAUGCUUGGAGGAGUUACUUUAUCUGGAAUUAUGACUUCCCCUAGACCGACCUUUGUUCAUGAAACCAUCAGCUUUCAAGAGGCCUCCAUAUCUACAUCUGCCAUUGGUUCCACCUCUGAGGUCACCAUUGAUCCUACUGAAACAUCCACUCAUGGAGCUACUUUUUCUAUCGCACAAAUAAGCACAUCUGGAAAUGUUUCCUCCAUAAAAAUUACGGAGGCUGAAGGAAUCACUUCCACGAUCACCUGUAUUAGUAGUACCUCUUCCUCUGGGAAUUUCAUAUUUACACCUUGCAGCAACAGUAAAACUGAUACUUCUGGGGAUGUCACCACUAUGGGUAUCCAUAGUGAAACAUCCUAUCCUGGAGCUAGUAUUCUUCCUCAAGAGACCCUCAUAUUUGCAGAUGGUGCUGCUAACCAUGCUUUUGGACACUUAAGCUCCCCAAAAAACAUUGUGUGUGCACCUGAAAAUGCAAUCUCUGAAGUUCUUGAAGAUACCACCACUGUCUUCGGAAGCAGCAGCACUGUCCCUGAUGAUGCUGUCACCAUCUGUGGAAUGCCCAAUGACAACUCCACUACUGUGGAAGGAACACUUAUUGGCAAUACUGCAAAGCAGCCUAGUGCCAAAUCCAAAGAAACAGCUGUUACAGAGAACACGGCUAGCAGUCCUGAGGAGAUUAAAUUUGUCCUAGGAGGUGCCUCCAUCAUCGCUCCAGAGGAGACAAAUGCUGCCUUAUCAGGAAAGGAAGCAGAUAGCAGCACAGAUGCCCCCAUGUCCACAGAUCAGGUCACUGCUACUAGCUCUGGGAAAUCCUCGGCAGCAACCCUUGGAGAGACAAAUAUUGCUACUUUUGCAAAGACUAUGGCACCCAGGUUGCCCAUAAGUCCAGAUGAGCCUGUUGCCAUCACCCCUGAAGGAAAACUUGCUGCUGCCUCUAGUGUGACCACUGGCAACACAAAAGAUGCUCUUGAAUGCACCUGGAGUGCUCCAGAAGAGUCACUUUCUGAUGCUCCAAGAGAAGACGCUCUUGUUGCCCAACCUGGAAAUACCACUGAAGCCCCCACUGCAGCGCUUCCAGCUGCUGUGUAUGAAACAGUGACAAUUACUCACAGAGGAAUAUCAGCCACAAUUCCUAGAAAGUCCCACACACUGCCCAUGCCUGAAGCACACCCUGAGGUGUUUCCUACCGCUUCCUCUGUAGAAGCUAUCACUAGCCAUAAACAGGUUGUUCCAGCCAGACAUAAAGAAAAUACCUGUAAAGAACCUACUUCAGAAAAGAUGUCCAUGGCUACUCCCAUGGGGAUUAUCUCAGCUUUCCAGGGAAAAAACACUGCCAUCAAAUCAGGGAGCCUGCUGCCCUACUGGUCCGUCGUGCUCAUCGGCAUUGUGGUCACCCUUGUCCUGGCUGCGGCACUUGGCAUGGUCAUCUAUAGUUUCAUGUUCUUCAUCGUGGCCUGCUUUGCAACCUCAUAA